UUGGUUAGGUCUCUCUGUCGUUGUAAAGUUCUCAAGAGCUUCGCUACGAAGCUCUGUAGGAUAAGAACCGUACACCGUCGCAUCUCAGCCGUCAGAUUUCCCGGAGAAAUGGGCCAAUCAUCUUCGGUGGUUUCCGUGCUCCGUCGUGGCCGAUCUAAAGCUCCGUCGACUUCCUCCGCCGUGAUCCUUCAGGCGAUCGCCAGUGAAGGUGGAGGACGAGGAGAAGAGGACACCUCCACCGCAACAGUUUCCGGAGAUACGUACGAUUACACCUCCAACUUGCCAGACGAUUGCUUGGCUUGCAUUUUCCAGUCGCUUAGUUCUGGCGACCGGAAACAGUGCUCGCUCGUCUGCCAUCGGUGGUUGAGGAUCGAGGGACAGAGCCGUCGCCGUCUCUCGCUCAAAGCGCAGCCCGAUCUUCUCCUCAUGAUCCCUUCACUGUUCUCGCGGUUCGAUGCCGUUAUCAAACUCGCUCUGAAGUGCGACCGUAGAUCUCCCAGCAUCGACGACGAGGCGCUCGUGAAGAUCUCCGAGCGGUGUCAAAAUCUGACACGGCUCAAGCUACGCGCCUGCCGCGAUGUCUCCGAUGUUGGAAUGGCCGCGUUCUCGGAGAAUUGCAAGGGAUUGAAGAAGCUCUCGUGUGGAUCCUGCGCUUUUAGAGCCAAAGGCAUGAAUGCAGUGCUCGACAACUGUUCGUCUCUCGAGGAGCUGACGGUGAAGCGGCUUCGAGGCAUCGCCGACGGAGCUGCGGCGGAGGCCAUAGGUCCCGGAGCCGCGGCAGCUUCACUGAAGACGAUUUGCUUGAAGGAGCUCUACAACGGUCAGUGCUUUGCCCCUUUGUUGAUCGCAGCUAAAAACCUUAGGUCUUUGAAGAUUUUCAGGUGUUCUGGCGAUUGGGAUAGGGUUCUUGAGGAUGUGGCUGAUCAUGUCAAUGGGAUCGUCGAGAUUCAUCUCGAGAGGAUCCAGGUGAGUGAUUUGGGUCUCGCCGCAAUAUCGAAUUGCUCCAACAUCGAGAUUCUGCACCUUGUGAAAACCCCUGAUUGCACCAAUACUGGUCUGAUCACUCUGGCCAAACACUGUAAGCUUCUAAGAAGGCUUCACAUUGAUGGAUGGAAGGCGAAUCGGAUCAGCGAUGAAGGGCUUAUCGCCGUUGCGAAAUCCAGCUGGAAUUUGCAGGAAUUGGUUCUGAUAGGGGUAAACCCUACAAAGUUGAGUAUAGAAGCAUUUGCCUCGAACUGCCAGAACUUGGAACGAUUAGCAUUGUGCGGAAGUGAAACAGUAGGAAACCCCGAGUUAUGUUGCAUUGCUGAAAAAUGCGUAGCUUUGAGGAAGCUUUGCAUCAAGAACUGCCCGAUUACGGAUGAAGGGAUGGAAGCUCUCGCCGUUGGAUGUCCAAAUUUGGUGAAAGUGAAGGUCAAGAAGUGUAGAGGAGUGACCCUCGAAGGCGUAGAUUGGUUGAGGACGAAAAGGACGUCGCUUGCAGUGAAUUUAGAUACCCCGGAGCAAGAAAACCAAGAGCGUAGUGCCAGUGAGACCGGAGCUCGAGAGAGUGGAAUGGAGUUCCCUGCUCUACCGCGAGGCCAAGUUCCGGCCCUCGGCCUCAGCAAUGGCAUAUCGUCCUCCGGUACUAGCCGGACAGCGGCGUUUAGGUCAAGAUUAGGGUCCUUGACUCGACGAAACUUAGUGGCAUACACACUGAGAAGAUGGGGAAGUCCCAAUAUCGAUUCUCUGAACGAUUAGGUAAGCAAGUGAAGGAGUGUAUCCAUUCUCUAUUUUUGGUGUCUGCUUGUUGCUGUUUCAUAUUUGAUUCGUGAAUUUUGCAGUACUGUUCCUGAGUUCUAAUGGAACAAAGCAAUACAGAAUGUUACCAAAUUCAUAUGUAAACACCAUUCGUUGAUUGAAUCAUGGCUUUGUAUUGUAUCAAGAUUCAGAUUCUACUGUGUUUUCAUCUGUUGAAACAUUCAUGGACAGAUAGAAUACUC